AUGUCAGUCGACUUGUCCUCUUCUUCUUCUUCUGAUGAAGAGCUUCGAACAGCACUUCGACGUAACGCCAGAUUAAGGGAAAACAAUACAAGGGCUGAGUUCUUGUCGUUACCUCGUACUAUUGUUUACAAUAAUGAGUCUGUAGAGGUAAGGUGUGGGACUGUCUAUUGUCCUUUUAGGAAAGUAUAUUUCCAUAUACAAUCAGUAAAACGAAAUCCGGCGGCUUUUUUUGGCGAUGGGAAUGUGAGAAGAAACAAACGUUCUUACUUACCUCCAUCAUCGAUUUGGUUUUUGAAUGCUUCCCAUGGAGAGGAGAUAUCUGGACAGAGAAAAAGAGUCACUCUCACUGAAACGAACGUCAAAGGGUUUUAUAUAUUUGAUGGCAUUGCUGACUCUUCUGCCUCUCCUCCCUUGCAAGUAAGGAGUGAACCACUGUUGCAAAAUUUUAGGUACUCUCGUAUAAUGAUGCCUAGUCGUUUUGAAGAUGCUCUGACUUCUCCAAUUCAAUUGCGUGUUGAAGAAGGUAUCUGGAAAUGUCUCCCGUACAAGAUACCACGUAAAAGUCUUAUUGGAAAUUUCCCAGAUGAUCGGCUUGUUUUUUGCGAUUUGGAAUCCCAAUCAUCGAUUUCUGUUAUAGAAGAUGGAGAAGUGUUUUCUUGUCCUUUCUUUGCAAGCCCUCAAGAUCGUUCGAUGAUUGGAAUGCAACUCGUCAGUGAACGUAAUCUUGUAGUUUUGAGUAGUAAAGUGUUACAUCAUAUUUCCUGGGAUCCAGAUAUUCCAUUAGUUCUUAAAUCAUGGACUUCUCGUCGUUUAGCUUGUGGUUUUUUUAAUUGCUUGUGUUCUAUUCCAUUUUAUGGAGGAUCAUCUGUGUCAUCGGUUUUCGCUUCCACAGGACAUGAUCUUUUUAAGGCUAUUAUAAGGGAGGAUGAUCAUCCUAUAAUGGAAAAGUUUCAUGGCUUUAGAAGAUCUGCAUUUUCAUCACUUGAUGCCUAUUCUAUGGGGCCUCUUGCUAGCAAGGUACUUUUGUGUGGUAAGAGGGAUGGUUCCAUUUUGGUUCAACCUUUGGAGACCAUGCGAACCUCUAAAUUGCUUGAUUUUGGUUCGAUACAUAAUUCAGCUUCUAUAUCUUAUAUUCGUUGUCUACAGAAUUCGUUUAAAUUUGUUUCAAUUGCUAGUAAUGGUGAGGUGAAGUUGUGGGAUGUGAGGUACAUGAAGACAAGAGAACCUGUUGCUAAUCUACAAAUUAGUAGAGGUAUUGGUUUUUUUCAUGGUGUACAAGCUACUUUUCUUGAUGAUCUUGCGUGUGUUGCAGUUCCUGAUGGUUCCGUUUCGUGUAUUAAUUUAAGGAAGUGGGUAAAUAUUGGGCAAUACCGAAGAGUUGGAAACCAUGAAAACCCGCUGCAUUUAGUACGAACUUUAUCUGGAUACCAGAUACUGGAUGUCGGCGAGGAGAGCACAAUGGCGUGCUCAUUGCACAUUGUAUAA